GUAGGAGGAAGGUGGAGGGGGUUGGACACAGGGGUGCUGAGAAUUCCUUUCGCUGGGGUGUGGAGGGAGUAGAUAUUCUGGGAUAUCACUGCGAGCACUCCACCGGGAAACGUGUUUCUUUGGCAUUUUUCAAGCGGAAAUCGGUGGGAGAAUUUCUGAACACUUGAUGGUGAGAGGGGAUCACUGCAGGGUUAAAUGGGGAAGGUAUUUUUCCGGCUCUCCGGCUCUCCACGAAGCGACUGGCGAUAAUGGUCUUGGUGUGUUGCCGUUUUACUUUGGCGGAUCCAGUUUCCUCUCCAUCUCAGCACAGCCGGAGCUGAGAGAGCGGGAUCUGGUAGGCCUUCUGGCAGCAACCCUCACGGAGGAUCAUCUUCAAGGGAUCUUCUUUGGAGUUGUUCUGUGCAUGGCAAGGAUCUACUUUCUUGCUGCCUCACUGAAAUUGCAUGGCCUAAACGAAUGAAUAUUUUUAUGAGGCGCCUUGCACCAGAGAUGGGCCAGGACCAAACCAAGCAGCAGAUAGAGAAGGGCCUGAGGUUGUAUCAGUCCAAUCAGACAGACAAAGCCCUGCAUGUCUGGAUAAAAGUGCUGGAGAAGACCUCAGAUCCUGGGGGGAAGUUUCGGGUGUUGGGGUGCCUGAUCACGGCUCACUCAGAGAUGGGAAAAUACAAAGAUAUGCUCAAGUACGCUCUCGAUCAAAUCGACACAGCCAGAGAAAUGGAGGACCCAGACUACCUGACGGAGGGCUACCUGAACUUGGCGCGCAGCAACGAGAAGCUGUGCGACUUCCAGAAAACGGUGUCCUACUGUAAGACCUGCUUAAACAUGCAGGGCACCACGGUCAGCCUGCAGCUCAACGGCCAGGUAUGUCUUAGCAUGGGCAACGCCUUCCUGGGCCUCAGCGUCUUCCAGAAAGCUUUAGAGAGCUACGAGAAGGCCCUGCGCUACGCACACAACAACGACGACAAGAUGCUGGAGUGCAGGGUCUGCUGCAGUCUGGGAAACAUCUACAUCCAUCUUAAGGACUAUGAGAAAGCCUUGUUCUUCCCCUGCAAAGCAGCUGAGCUUGUCAAUGACUACGGCAAGGGUUGGAGCCUCAAGUAUCGAGCCAUGAGUCAGUACCACAUGUCUGUCGCCUACAGGAAACUGGAGCGCCUGCCAGAUGCCAUGGAGUGCUGUGAGGAGUCUAUGAAGAUCGCCUUGCAGCACGGUGACCGUCCUCUGCAGGCUCUGUGCUUACUAAACUUUGCAGACAUACAUCGCUGCAGGCGUGACGUUGAUAAAGCAUUCCCUCGCUAUGAGUCUGCACUUGCUAUCAUGACUGAGAUAGGAAACCGUCUCGGACAGUCACACGUCUACCUGGGAGUUGCAAAGUGUUGGCUUCUGCAGAAAGAAUAUGACAAGGCGCUUGAUUCUUUGCAGCGAGCUCAGGAAUUGGCGGAUGGGAUGGGAAACAAGCUGUGUACGCUGAAGGUGCACUGCCUGAGUGAGGGGAUUUAUCGGAGCCGAGGGCAGCAGGAGGAGCUCAGAGAGCAGGUGGUGAAGUUCCUGCAGUGUGUCGAGGAGCUGGAGCUCUACUGCGGCAUGUGUGGAGAGUCCAUCGGGGACAGGGACCAAAAACUGCAGGCCUUACCCUGUUCCCACAUUUUCCAUCUCAAGUGUCUGCAGACAAACGGGACGAAGGGCUGUCCUAAAUGUUUCAAGUCCUCCAUGAAGCCUGGAUUUGUGUGAUUGUGAGACUGCGUUUGUGCGUUGGAUCUGCAGACACAGCGCAAAGCCUCACUGGCUCCUGACUGAUCUGAGAGAAGCAGGCAGCCUCGAGAUGUGCUGAAGAUGUUUGAGGAGUAAAUGAUUCACUGCUCUGUGAAGAGGACGCUGAACUGAACCCUGGGUGUCGCAGAGUGCGGCUCUGAGGACACAAUCAAGGCACCCGUCUGAGUCACAGCUGACGGAGGAGGUUUAAGUGACAGUGUUACAUUUUAUCAUAAGCUGAAGAAGAAAGAACCUACGUUGUCUCUGACGACUGGCCUUUUAAGUCUUGAGGAAGAACGACUGUCCGAAGAGCGUUUAUAACUUCUAUUUGCUAUUUUAUGCAUUAGAAUUGUUUCGUAAAGUCAAGAUGAUCGUCGGUGAUCUUAGUCACAGGGUUUGUUGUUCAAAUUCUGAUAUUACCUUUUACACAACAUCCAAUUUUUCUUUAACAGUUCUCUGAUUUUUUUUUGUAUCAGAACACAGAGCCAUUUCAGAGUUUAACUGAUUUCAUACAUGGUAUAUUUAUUAUUGUACAUACUAUUCUUAUGUUAAUUUGUUUUGAACGUUUGAGUUACUGUAUUUGAGGUGUUUUGUAAAACCUAAAGACGAGCUAAAAUCUCUUAACCAUUCAAAACUAGUAUGUCUUUACAGAACAGAUUCACGCAGCUGUUUCUUUUUUUUUUGUUACUUAUCACAGAGACUAAAGAGCCGGAUCAACACAAACUGUGUUCAGAGAAAUUCCUUGUGUAUCGAUGUUUAACUCUUAAGUCUGACAUCAAUAUAAUUCUGUGGCGAUUUAAGGACAAAUAUUGCUGAGAAGGAAACCUAUUAUGAAAGGAUCUUAUUUGACCAAUCACACACUUGUCAGAUAAUUAUUUACAGGAGAUCAAUGCAGUAUGUUUUAAUGUAGUGUUUUGAAGUCAUAUGUAAAUAUUGAUUAACUGGAGGCAGAGGUAUUGUAAUUUUAAGGCGGUUUCGAGGGAGCUAUUACAUGUUGCAUGUUUUAUUUACAAUGCCCAGCAAUGAAGGAUUACAUCACAUUAUGUAUCUGUAACUGUAUUUACUUAUUUCGGAAUUGUUUAUCAUAGUAUUUCUUAAUAUUAAGUGGCUUUUAUGAUUCAUAUUCCUUAUAUAUUUGUUCAUUUUAAUGAAAAAAAAAGCCACGUCAAUUAAAGUCAUCGUGGCUGUAACGAGGUUUUUCAUUUACAGUAGGUUUUCCUCCAAAACUCCUACUAAAUUUCUUUUUAGCAGGACUGUAGUUUACAAAAAUAUUCUUUUAAAACAUUGAUUUGAGACACAGGAAUUCAGUUGUAUGGUCAAAACAAGAUAAAUUGUUGUUGCUGUGAGGAUAAAAUGAUUAAAAAAAAAAAAUACUGUCAACCCUUUUUGAAACAUUCAAAAUUCAAGCAAAGAGGCCAUGAACUUAUUUUUAUCAAAUUUAAGGACUACACACAAUACUGUAACUUUAAAAUAUUAAGUAUUUUGUCUUCUCUCAUCAUACAUGUGAGCAGGAAACAACAGGGUUGUCACAGUGCUCGAAUUCCUAACUUUGAUGCAAUACCUUGAAAAUAUCCAUAUUCAAUACGAGUUUUUGAUACGAAAUAAAAAUGGACAUUGAGGGCAUGAAAUUUAAAAUGCUUAUUAAAAGAUAAAUAUCACAAGGCAACGAUUAAUUUUCUUAGUAGCAGAGAACAGCAGCAAGAAAGUUGGUACCCAUGUAUGAGUAGUGCGGAAAAUGAGUAUUAAAGCUGUUCCAGAUAUAUAUAUAUAUAUAUAUAUAUAUAUAUAUGGAUAAAUGUAUAUUUUGGCAACACUAGUUGGCAGCAUGAAGAGAGAAAGACCAGCACAAUAACUUUUACUGCACAAGCACUUACCUUUCUCACACAUCACUACGUCUGAACAUCACCUGCUUCCUGUUUUAGGUCUCAGCAUCCAAAAUACUGUUGAUUCACUGUCUGUUUACCCAUAGUAUAGAAACUGUAAACAUGUUGUAAAGCAUAGAUGUCAUCUACACUUGUUAUUCUUGGUUCUGGGGUGUAAAAGAAGACUUCUCUGACAGUACAGCCACUCAACGUUUAACAGUUUAAACUACCUCUGUUUUUGCCUCUGAGCUUUGCCCUCCUUAGAGGAUUAAUGCAGUAAUAACACCACAUUUAAGUACAUGUAGAAUUGUUAUGUUUUUCUAGGCAUCAUGUUGAUAUAACCAUGAUUUAGAGUCUGACUAGAAUGCAUUGUUAAUAUAUUUAUGCAUUGAGUCAAACCAUGUUACUGUGUCGAAUAUGGAAACAUUUCAUUGUGGAGAAUAAAGUGCAUCGAAAGUAAA